AUGUUAGAGACAUUCGCCGGUUCCCUCGAUAACGACGGCAGCGGAAUCGGACGCCGCGAACGGUACUUCCGAAAUGUUAGCGGGGGGCAUUUCUACCCACCCGCGGCCGGUUUCAUUGUAUGCAAAUCGUGCCCGUGGCCACCUAAUAUCUCACGUGGGCUCUGCCGUGGAACGGCCAAAUUACGCGCACCACGGGGCCCCGAAAGGUCUAAAAGCCUCGUAUCACAGUUCCGCAGCGUGAGCCAUUUUCUGUCUUCCGAG